GUUUCUAUAGCGUUUUAAAUUACAUUCAACAUAUACGCAAACUAAAUAGAUUUUUUUCUAUUUUAAAACAAAAGGGACGUUUGUGUCACUUGUGUCAGCUUUUAAAAAAAUUCGAUAUAGAUUGUUGGGAAGUAGAACGUUAUCAAGAAGGUCGUUGUAAAAAAAAAGGCCCCGUUCUAAACUUUCUGAGAGUCAGGCUCUUGUCAGCGUCACACUGUCUGCACUGUUGUAAGUCCGGCCUAGAAGGAAAAUAAGUAUGUACACAAUGCUACCACAGAUCCAAUUCAUCUUUAUUACUCAAUAUCUUGUACAAGUUGUAUUCAGUCAACGCAUUGAACUCUUUCCCUACGAUGAAACAAACUGUAACGUCAGUCUUGUGGAAGAGAAUGAUAUAAUUCUAAUGUAUGGCAAAGUGGAUUUCAAUGGAAACAUUCCAGCAUCAUCACUUGUCUACUUUGAAAUCAAAAGAAAAACUGAAACAAGUUUUCAAUUUUUUUCUGUUUUGAAAGUUCCAGAAGACUGUGAUAAAGUCUUUACCUACUGCAACUGUUUCAAAACUGAUGACCCUAAAGUGUUUAAAUUGACUCUAAAUAUAACUGCGUUUACUGUAAACAGCGAGGCAGAUGUAAAGACGGAAUUGGUUUACAGGGAGACAACUUUUUUUAGCGAAAUAAGACAUUUGCCAAUAGUUUAUGGUUCUAAAACAGAUCUGGUUGUAGCGUAUGUCAAUGAUCAAGUUGUUCACUUUCAGCAGACUAAUAUCUCAAUCAAUGAUACACAAGUGACAAUAGUGUCUGUGUGUCGUGAACAUUUCUCUCAUGAUUGUAAACAACAGCUGUUAGACUUGGAGACUGGAACGCUAGUAAAAUCUGGGAAAGAAAUAAUUGUCUACAAUACAAACAUUAAAGGCAGAUCAAACUUUAAACUGAAAUACUUUGUCUGUAAUAUUGAAAGAAACAUUUCAUUUUCUAUUACUACAAAUACAACAACAGACUAUUUGCAUUUGACAACAGGAACAAAUCUAAUAUUGUUAACUGUCAUGACAUUCGUAAUAAUGUUUUGUCUUAUCGUCCUUGUAAGGUAAUAUUCUUAUUUAUUUUUAACUUAAUAGAUUCGUUUGCUUUUUUUUUCUACGGGUAAUAUUAAAAUAUUAAUGAAAUAGUAAGUCGUUGAACUAUUCACUGGUCUUUAGAGAUUUUCAAUAAAAGUAUUUGGUGUAUUCGGUGUACAAAGCAAGGAAAUAGUGAUGACUAUGUGUUUAGGUAAACGUUUAGGUUUAAAGGAUCUUGAAAAUACCAUUGUAAGAAAGAGUGUGCAAUACUGAGAUCCUCGCGAGGAAGAGAAUGAGCUUGUUUUUUUUUCAGAGUUCCGAGAAUUGUUCCAUCCAUCUGUGCAUUUGUUUGCUAUUAUCUGUGAUGUACUUAUAGUUUUUGGGAAGGUCCGAGAGCUCACUGUUGCUGAAUACUCUGACUGAACUUCAUUCAGUAUUCAUUGGCACAGAUCCAUGCUGUCUUCUACUCUAUGGCUUUAACUUCUUUCAGAGUUGAGUGGACUUUGCAUUGUAUGCAGGAAUAACAUCUUUUUUAAUUUUGAUGACAGGUUUAGUUUACCUAAUUUUAGAAGUGUACCAAACGUCAUUUUGUUUUUAUUUUUCUUCCGUAGAUUUUUAGGGAAGUCUUUUAUAUGAUGUUCCCAUUUUUCUAUUGCUCUAUUUCCAGUAGGUUGUUGUUUUUUUUUUGUUUUCGCGUUGAAAAACUUAUGGAAGCUGGAGAUUUAGAUAGCACAUUUAACUUACAUCAGACGGAAGACUUCUAUAUUUUUUUUAAAAGUAAAGGUACAUGCGUAACUAGACGAAGAAAUAAUAUGUUUAAGAUUGUAUACUCUUCAAGUGAAAUUGAAAUUAAAUUAAAUUAUUUUUAAUCAUACUUAUUAAAAUGUGUACGUUCCGACUAGAGUCUACCCAGAAUGGCCUACUAGCCGGGAAUUCAUUCCCCAAAGAUAUCAACAGUCCAAUCUCUAGAAAAUUCGUUCAAGCAGUUUCCGAGAAUUGCGUCCUUUUAAUCAAACACUCAUGAUUGACAACGUUUUUAAAAUGAGGUUAAAAGGAAUGUUGACUAAACAAUACCAAACCAGACUUUUUAGGCUUUAGAUUUUUAAGACUAUUUUCUAUUGCUGUUUUGAAGUCUUAAAAAUUUUUAGGAAUGACGCGAAGACACUAAAAAUCGUAAGUAUCUUUACGCGGCUCAUUAAAGUUAUACAGGAACAUAAUUAAAAAGCAAUUAAGAUUAAUAAUAAGUAUAAAUAAACAUAUAUGUUUGUGAUAUAAUUUUUUUUUAAUUUAAUAUAUUAAUUUUAUUUUUAUUUUACAGCUUGGUUUUUGCUUGUAAAAAGAUAAGGACACAAGUAGGACACUUCUUAAUUCUCAGUUUAAAAAAUAAUGUAGUGCUCCAUUAAAUGGAUCUUCAACCUAGAUGUAAUCUAUAUUAGAUUAGUAGAUUUACGUUAGUAAAAGUUUAAUAUUUUUUCAAUAAAUUUGAAGGCAACUUUAAAUUUACUAAGUUAUUGCAUAAUCUGUAUACUAUGACUGACUAUGAGAUGUUCUUUUAUUAGUACAGAUAGAUUUACAAUAGUGGCUUACUAGUAUAGAUACACUUAUAAUAGCGACUAAAGGUAAACAUAUAUGUACAAUAAAGGCUUACUAAAAAAAUAUUUUUAAACAUUUGGUUUAGCUGCGGUUUCGAUCACUAAAAUGGCUUAGGUGUUUAAUUAAGGCUUAAUUUUUAACAGUUUGAAUUUUUGUAUUUCAUUGUCCAAUAUGAAAAGAAGAAAUAGUGAAUGUCGAUGAGUGAUAAGGUCCAUAAUUUAUGAAUAAAAAGAUAGAUGUAGAUUAAUGGUUUGCCAAAAAUAUUGUUUCACGACUCGUGUCAGUUUCUAAAAGGUAACAUUUCCCAUUUUUUUAUUCACAUUUAUCACAGGAGGAAAAAUCAAAUUCUCUAAAAACAUCUCUCUCUAUUUAUUUAUAUAUGUAUUUAUUAUUUAGAUUUCUAGGACUGUUAAGUACUCUUCGAGGUAAAAAUGUAUAAACGCAAGGCAUGCUUUUUGUUUUGUGCCUUAGGAAAUGUUAAUGUAUUGAAGUCUUGGAAGUAGAAGAACAAAUAAAGUCUCUGCUGUUUGGUACAUUCUUUCGUCAUUUGCACAUUUACUUCCUUAACUUAAUGUUAGUCAAAUUCCGCCGACACAUGUCCAGAAAUAAACAUAAAAAAUACUCUCGUGUGAGAGACAACUGGAUCUCAAACCUCGACAACAAGUGCGGACAACUCUUUAGGACAUAUCAAAACUUGUCAGAAUAGUUGAAAAGAAAAGGGCAAAGGUCAGAUCAAAACUGUAACAACAAAUGUUCACAGCUAAUGUUUGGAAAUGUACGAGAACAAAAAAGGUGAAACAUGAGUUACAACAAGGUCUACAAAGUACUCAGAGUUUUGUACGUCAUUUCUUGAAGUGGAAGAUAAAAAAGCCUAUUGGGUAACAAAGGUAAAAAAAAGUUUCAAUUAUCUACCCUUGUAUGUUUGGUAAAAAAAAUCUUUGAACCGAUUCUUA